AUGGCGUCGUCUCCUCGGUUGCGUGUAAAUCAGGUCUACUCCAAGAUCCACGUGGCCAACAAGUUUGCCUUCCGCCACCCUCGCGUCUGGCUCUGCGAGGUUUGCGAACAAGCUCCAGCUCACGUCACCUACAAGGCCGACGACGCCACCCUCUGCGUCACUUAUGACAGCGACAUCUACUUCACUUACCGCUACCGUCUCACCCUCACUGCCGACUCACCCUCACUGCAGACUUCUGAGAGCUCCUCACCGGCUAAAGCUCCGGUCAGCUCUCCAUCGACUAAAUCUCCUCCGGCAGCAGCCCCUACAAACAAAUUAGGUAGGACAUGUAGUGAUGCAUGUGUAGAGAAAUAA